CGAAGUUUGUUUUGUGGUCAAGAAAGAGUGACAUCGUCGUCAUCCAUCGUUGUGUUUAGUUUACUCCAUAAACAUUAAAUGGAAGACGAGUGAAAGGCCUUCCUAUCGGUGCCUACUAGUAUUAGCGUGCGACCCACUUUCGAUUUAAGAACUACCAACAAAGCUGCCAAAGUGAACUAUACAAAUUUAUCCCCAAGUAUAUAUGUAAUGAACUUGCCAGAGACUCAUCAAAAUGUUGGCAAUGAGGGGCUAAGACUGAAAACAUUUGUUAUCCUGCUGAGCUUGAUUGCGUUCUCGGCGCACUCAUGUGAGGCCCACGGCAGGCUCAUUGAACCGCCCAGCAGGGCGUCUGCUUGGCGUUAUGGAUUUCAAACGCCACCAGACUAUAACGAUCAUGAGCUUUAUUGCGGUGGCUUCACCCGACAAUGGAAACGAAAUGGCGGAAAGUGUGGCGAGUGCGGAGAUCCAUGGGAUAUGCCCCAGCCACGACCCCAUGAGAAUGGCGGUCAGUGGGGACAGGGUGUGAUUGUACGCAGCUAUCUGCCAGGAUCGGAGUUUACGAUUCGUGUGGAGCUAACUGCCAGUCAUAUGGGAUAUUUUGAAUUUCGUUUGUGCCCCAAGCCAAAUGCCAAGCAGUCAUGUUUGGAUGAAAAUGUCCUGCAUAUCCUUGGAGGUUCACCCGCUCAGCCUACGCCGACAGAUCUAGACACUCGUUUUUAUCCACGAAAUGGCAGUCGCAUCUAUGAUAUCAAAGCUCGCUUGCCAAAAAUGACCUGUGACCAAUGUGUGCUUCAAUGGCGCUAUGUGGCCGGCAAUAAUUGGGGAAUGUGCGACGAUGGUAAUGGUGCUGUUGGCUGUGGUCCACAGGAGGAGUUCCGCUCCUGUUCCGAUAUUGCCUUAACAACCGAUGCUCGUAUUCCUAUGCGUCCAGUUCGACCAACAUAUUUCUCGACAGCACGACCAUCUGUAAAGACAUCCACAACCGAGGAGAACUCUGAGGAGAUUUCCUCCAACGAUAUGAACUAUUCUCUUGUUAUAGUACUGAUAGUUGUGUUGUUGAUACUGCUGUUCGGCUUGACGGGUUGGUAUCUCUAUAAAUACCAGAACUCGAAACUCAAGAAAUGGCAGAAUGUGCUUGGCAAAAAGUUUUGCCAGAAAAAGAAAAUCGAUUCGCCGUUUGUGGGUUCAACCCAGGGGACAAUUCCCAGUCUAUUUAUCUCGGCAAAUGGUUUGCAAAAAGCUCAGACUAAUGGUGGUCCAAUAACAGCACCUCCUGUCCCACCUCCACGAACCAAACGUAACUCAAAAGUAAAGGAAUUGUCAGCCGACGAAUCAAGUGUGGCCUAAGAUACAUAUAUCAGUUAGUUAGUUACCUCAGAGAAGAAAUAACACUUUAGUACUGCCUUUAAAUACCAAUUUUAGCAUAUAAUGUAAUUCUAAAGCACCCAACCUGUGGCGGAUCUAGGCAUAACGAUUUUUGUUCUAUUUCUCAUCCUUAGAUGAUCCCAAGACUAUAACUAUCUCUUAAAAUAAUUUUUAAACGAGUGCUACAUGCUUAGUUUCCUUCAAGACUUUAUAAACAGACUAAAGAUCUAU